AACCGCUAAGAUGGAGUUGAGGACGGCAGUGCACGUAUCGUCGUCCUGGGAGGUCUGUGGAGACAUUUCUACAGUCUUAUACCUGGUGAGCAGUUCAGGUAGCUUACUGGACGAGCCACUCUCUGGUGGACGAUGCCCCACACCCAUUUCUAUCACAGCUCCGACCUCUGACCCUGACCAGCCGUGCCGACUCCACAUUGACCUGAGUGACUUGAGAGGGUACAUCGCUUCCCAAAUAGAGCUCACCACUUCCUCCCGCACGACUGAACUGUACUGCGACGACGACGAUGAAUAUGUUGGUACAGUCAGGGGUACCGUGGCUGGGACCUGUGACUCUAACAAAGGCAGUUUGCGAAAGUUGUACAGUUGUAAUCACAUUUUUCCCACCGAAAGUCCCCAUCAGAAGUUUAACUUAAAGCUGCUGUCGCUGAGAGGUAUGCGUGAGGUUCUGGUGGAGAAGAUACAACUGGUGGUCGCAGCAGACCAUGGAGGAUCAGCAGCAGUCAUAUCUCAAAGGCCAGCAGUGCUGGGGAAUGGGAUGGAUAUGCAGCAGUUGUUGGGCAGUCUACCAGUGGGUGGCAUGCCGCCGUUCAUGCAGGCUUUGGUCUCGUCUCUCACUCACCUCACCACUCAGGUAGGUUCUGGACAACAUGCAGCUGUGGAUGGUGACAGAGUUGACAGCAGGCCACCCGAACUCUCUCAACUCAUGGACACACUCAGACAAAUGAGACCACCACCAGUUCAAGUGGCUCCCAGCUGCUCCAAUACCUCCUCCAGAGAAGAAGUUCCCAGGGAAAAUACUGACAGAGCAGCAGAAAACGGUAGAGUGAGUCCGGAAGACCCGAGUGGUGCUACCGGUGAGGAGGGAGACUCGACGGACCUGGAAAGACGUCUGAAACGGUAUAUCGACGACAAGUUUGAGGAGUUGGAGAGAAGACUGGUAGAAAGACUGGAGGAACUGCUUGUCAAACAGCUCAAGACUCCAAACUCCCCUCCGUGUACUACCGCCGGAGAGUCCUAGCAGACAACUUAUGACUGGUAUCCCAAUUGGGUGAUUGAAUGAUUGAAUACAAUCACGGAAGUGAAAUAGAGAGAGGUUGGAUACACAAACACAACACAAAAGGCAACAAAACGAGAGAGAAAAGGGGCCGGAUUGUGGUGGUGGGUUGCUGAGUUGAUUAUGUCACGACGGCCUGUAUGACAUGGCCCCUUGGGAUGUUAAUGUGUUUGAUUAGCAUGUUAUUAGUCAGGACCCUCCCCGAGUACAGCAUUGUGAUCUUCUGCGGUUCCACCCCGUGAAGUUCGUGUAGCUUUCUCUUUAGGUCCCUGAUCCUGUCUGUAGUGAACACCGACACACGUAUGUCCUUUGACAGGGUGGUGAGUCUGACUUUCACAAUGAAGCUUGGGGGAGGUUUGACCACGACAUCGUCCCCCUCUGCCGGUCGUACGACUCUCUGUCGGAGGAGGAGUGGUGAGGACUGCGUGAUGGAGGAGUUAGUAUCGUCUGUGUCUCCGACAGACUCUUGCAAGUUGGUUGGCCGGUUCAGGCAGUAGCGAGGGAUUGCGUAUCUGUUCCCAAGUUCGUCGUACGCCUCACCGAGAUGACCUGUGUGUGUGUGUGUGUGUGUGUGGUGGUAGUUUCACGUGAAUACAGAGGGCGGAGAGUGAAAUACAUGUUCUUUUGUGCCGCCAUGAAUGGCCUUAGCUAUGAGACAGACUGAACUGACCGGUAGGGAGGGUAAUGUUUGCUCCACUGAGGAUUGCCUGAGCCAGGUCGUAUUCCUCCCUCUCUGCCGCCUCGACGGCAGCUCGAAGAGCAUCCCAGAUCUCCCGUCGGCCGUCGUACAUGGGAGCAGUGUCCCAGAAGGUGUCCCUCCUGCCCUGCAACUGACCCAUCGUCAGUGGCAUGUCUGCAGUCCACACCAACUUCUGCCUGACUAGAGGCUCUCCCUCGCCAAGCGUAACUACACGGGACAUAUAUGAAACCCAGCAGGCAUAAUUAAACGUAAUUGCGGGAACACAACUGGUGAGUAAAUACCGUCGUCUCCGUCGCACGAGUGAAGGAGCAGCUCGUGACGGCGCCUGCUCCGCAAGCAGUUGCCCAUGCUCCCCUGAGAUCGAAGUUAUCGACACCACCAGUUCCAGCGACGAAGUAAUCCAACUAUGCACCCUCCUGCCGUUCUUCUAGCUAGCUCCCAAGCCUGGUCGCUGCGAGUAGUUUACCCACCCAGUGACGUAAUUGAAAAACACACGCGACGACUCGCACUGCGAUCUCGAGCGCGCGGGGAAUUUGAACUUUUAGACCGCCGUUCAUGGUGAAUAAAAAUGGCGGCCAAAGGUCCAGUCGCCGAGUGGACCGUACGAGAGCAGCUCAUCCUUGCAUCCGCCGUCCAAAGGAGUGGAGAUCAGAACUGGGUGUCAGUCAGCAGAGCCGUAAAACCUCUGGUGGAAGAUGCCAGACCUCCUGAUUACUUCUCCCAGAAGAACUGUGCACUGCAGUAUUCGGCCAUGCUGGAUAAAGCUAAGCAUCCCAAGCGAAAGAGAAGUAGUGAAGGAACCCCAGAAUCUGCUGUUACUGUGGAAGAGCAGAUAGUUCGUCAGUUGACAGAGAAAAGGAUGAAGGAGUUGGAUUCCUCGAUAAGUGACACCAGAAGAGAGUACUAUACUCUAAAGAAGGAAAUAGAACAGAUAGAUGGAGGCGAACUGGACAGUGAACUGCCUACUAUGUGGGAAAAAGUGCAGACAGAACUUACAGCAAAGGAAGGCUCAGAAUCAAAGGGCUCCAGGAGUCGUAAGUCAAGUACGGCUGCUGGGAGUGCCUCUGCUGCAGACGGUGAGCACCCAAAGAGACAAAAGUCUGGAGGAGCCGAACGAUCCAGAGAGAAGACCACCAGCCACAAAUCUCCAGACAAACGUUCCUCCCAGUCUGGUUCAGAGGCCCACAACACCUCACUGCUACCUCCAGUGAAGGAAGAUAAGGGAGCGGUCGUACCUGCGUCAUUGCUGGAGAAUGUACCUCUUGUUUCGACGCCUGCUCUCACUCCCUCUCCCUCCUCCUCCACCACUCCUGGCAUGCUCACUCCAGCCACCCAGCGGAGCUCGUCAAAGAAGAGAAAUCUAGAGAGUCUCCCCCUCCUCGUCUCUACCUCGGGCAGUGGAGGCGGCGGGGACCUCUCCAUUCAAGAGGAGAGUCCUCUCCUGUGCCCCAUGACUGUCCCCAAGGAGGAGCAACUGAGGGAGAGCAUUGCGGCUUCGGGAGGCCAGCUAUCUCGCUCCCUCGUCCUCCCGCUGAGCCCAGACAUGCACGUCAUUGUCCAGCAACCAAACAUUGCAGCUCUUUCGGCUGGGGCUCUACCAACUUCCGAGCCUGGUGGAGUCAGGGAGGGUGGUCUUCCCGUGCAUGCCCCCGAAACAAAGGACUGGCACCAGUUUCUUCCACCUCAGAUUGCUGUGGACUCCUCCGUGUCACCUGCUGCAGGUGUGGAGUCUGUCCCACAGCGACCUCAACCUCCCGGGCACUCGACUGAACCAGCUAUGGUUGCAGUCAAACAGGAGCCAGUGUCAGAGGUGCCGCCACCGCUCCGUUCUCCGAUUCGACCCCAAACCGUGGCAGAGGCUCUGAGCUCAGCUGCGACUCUGCCUGUGCAUCCUCUGCAAUUGCUGAUACCACCAACUGUAGGAUCUUUGCCAGGGCAACCUCUCGGGCUCGCCUUGCAACGGGCUCCUCUGCCCUCGAGACCCCCUCCCCUUCACACUCCUCCUCCAGUUCUCCCCAGGGACACUAUCACACUUCUUCCCUCUGCAGCCUUGCCCCAUCACUCCCCAUUGAAACAGACCCAAUCUCAGCCACCUCCGUCCUCGCAUGACCCCCAGGCUUCCCUCUCCGCCCCCAUGACUGUAGUCAGCAGUGUCCUCUGUGACCCGCGACUCUCCUCCAGGCCUGGGCCCAGCAGGACUACCAGUACAGCAGCACAACCUACUCUCCAACAGUUUCUUGACAAAGUGAAACCACCCGCAGGACACCAGCCAGACAAGGGAAAGAGCAAGUCGCAGUCAAAGAGCCCGGAGAACAAGGGGAAGAAUAAUCCACCGAUGCUGACUAGUCAGAGCACUGGUGGAGGUAAGGAGAUGGGGAAAAGCAAGCCACUAUUGGCAAGCCAGUCCAUUGGAGACAAAGACAAAGGGAUGUUGCAUAUAAACACUCAGCAAAUGGAAGAGAAAAGCAAAAUAAAAACGCAAGCAACAGCCACAACCACUUCCGAGAAUACCCAGCCACUGUCAAAGACACCGACCACUGCAGACAAAACCAAACCGUUGACACAAGAAGCUACCACUACCGACAACACCAAACCACCAACACUGCAAACCGCUGCCGAUAAAGCCAAAUCGAAGCCUCAAUCAGCAACAACGGUCGAGACUAAGCUACCGACAGAGACAGAGAAGAAAAGCAAGAACACGUCAGGAGAGAUUCCGUCUCAGCCGUUGACCCAGCUGGCAGGGAGCAGACAGCUGCAAGACUGCCUCCCACAGCCCACAGUGGACUUAGUGAGGGAGCCGUGGAAGACAGACGGCAGUGAGCCAGUCAAGCCUGGCAGGGUCCUCCCCGUGAUAAAAACGGGAGAGAAGACUGGAGAAGAGAGUGGGCACACUGGAGCAAAGGCGGAGGAGUCCGUGGCUGUCGGUGAUUCUGAAACUGUGAAGAGAGACGUCGACAAGGCUGAUGGGGUUGGCACGGGAGAGGAGAAGAGAGGUGAAAAGGAAGUGGAGAUGGAUGUUGUGACAACGGAAGAAAAGGAGGCAAAGAAGGGGGAGAAUGUUGAAGCACAGGCAAACCCACCAUCGUCACCGCACAGUGUUACUGGAUAUAGUGGAACAGGCACCCAGAAAGACAGUGUAGAAGCGUCUGUGGAGGGAAAACAGAGCGAUAGAGAUGCAGAUGGUGGCGGUGGAGGAGUGACUUUGGACGAAUCGAUGCAGAUUGAGGCCGGGAGCUCUCGACGCAGCUCCAUAUCGGAGCUGCCCUCUUCUCCCCUCACGUCUACGACUGCCAGUGGGACCAGGGAAGAGGUGGCACCAGAGUCUGAGGAGAUCCUACCUCGCAGGAGACAGCCCAAACCCAGCAGCAGCAAGAAGUUGUGGCCUACCAGAUCUAGAAAGAGAAAACUCGAUGUAGAUGAAAGUGUGGAGAGCACGGAUCUCGAAUCGGAGGAGGAACCGUCUUCUAUAGUCACCUCUGCUGCGCCCAGUCCUGCUCCAUCACAGAGUGACGGUGACCCCGACAGUGGAAUGUCCAAGAAACAGUGGAAGAAGGCCAUUAUGCUAGUGUGGAGACACGCAGCUCAGCACAAGUAUGCCAAUCUGUUUCUCCAUCCUGUGAGAGAGGACGAUGCGCCGGGCUACAAAGACGUGAUCCACAGACCAAUGGAUCUCUCCUCCAUCAAAAGAAGCAUAGAGAACGGGGUGGUAACUACUGACAUAGAGUUUCAAAGGGACAUGCUGUUGAUGUUCCAGAAUGCCUUCAUGUACAACAGCUCGGAUCACGAUGUUUAUGAAAUGGCUGAGAAGAUGCGGGCUGAUGUGAUGCAGAGCAUUCAGGACUACCUCAGUACACAGCUGCAGCUGAUUGUUGAGUCAUCCACACCCAAAGUUCUCCGCAGCCGAGACAAGGAAGGUGAGUUAGGUUGGGCCUCCGGACACAACACCAGACUUGAAAUUAUGCACUCCGCAAAAAAACACGAGGACGGUUUUUAGAGCUUGGUGGCUAUUAGAAUCCUUCUCUUGUUUGUGAAUGGCUAGUAAUGUGCGGUUGUUCUCCAGUCUCUGGAGUUAUAUACCCUCCACUUACCUUUACGUGGCAUUAUGACUGUGUUGUGGUAACUAUGUUGGUUUGAAGGCCGGCGAGAAGGAGAGGUCCAUGACGAAGGAUUGCUCACACCCAUCAAAAAACGACGUACAAGAGCUGAUGACUGAUUUUUUGUAUACCCGUGUGUGUGCCCCAUCGUUUAUUUUGCCCGUUCCCCGUUUUUACGCAUGCGCGACCUUC